AUGGCUGAAAGCAAGAAACCAGUUUUGAUAGGUGGUCGAAUCUUUAGGGCCAUCCUAGAGAUCGGAGGCGAUCGAAUGAUGUUUGACGGAGCUGGUUUUGGAACUUCUGCAGAGAUGUAUUACGACAUCACUCUGCAAGAGGCCUUCUUCGAUGCAGCACUUGAAAAAUACGAAGUGUUGAUUCUGCCAACCAUCCCAAAGAAGGCACCAGUUUUCCCGAAGGAAAAGUCCCCUCCGAUGCAAGAAUAUUUGGAGAGGGCUUCUGAAAGUGUUCCAAACACGUCGCCAACAAACGUCACAGAACACCCAGCUCUAUCUAUCAACGCUGGCUUCAGUGAUGGCUUACCAGUUGGUAUGAUGAUUGUGGGAAGAAAGCUUGACGAGGCGACAAUUCUGAAUGUCGCCCGUGCUUACGAGAAAAUCAGGGACACUACGUUUGAACCUUUCUAAUAUGCUCCCUUCCAGAAUAUUGGCUAAAAAACGUAGCUCUUAGCCCUUUUAAGAUGCGUUUUGCCUAGAAUAGCGUAGUUUGUAUGUUCCCAACAUUUUGCUGGUCUGCGGUAAGCACUGGACGCGUCAAGUUUUAGGCUAUUUUACAUGCCACCUGUUGUCCAACGUUAUGCUAAUUGUAAAAUGUAGCAAUUGCGGGUUGAAACGUUUGCAUGACUGAAAGCUUUACUAUAUCCUUCAGCAGCUCAAUAGUGUGAUUGUCAACAGAGUGAUGAGAGCUCUUUUUUUAAAGAUGCUUCACAUAAAUGUUAAGGACACUGUCUCUGAAAUGUAUCGGCGUGUAGUUAGGCAUGUGCACUUAGUUAUCGUCUGAGCGCUAACUUUAAUUCACUGUGUGUCAAUCGCUGUGGCAUUUCUUUUAAUUACAGAAUAAUGUAACAAUAGGACCGUGUACACAGACGCGCAAAUAGGGCCUCCCUAGAUAAUUACGAUUAAAUAAGAAAGGUGGAAAUAAAAAAAAUCAGUUUCCUUUGUGUUGUUUCUAAGGAAGAGGGGACGAACAACGCAGAUACGAUGGGACUGGCCUUUGUCACGGUACUCUUCCUAAUAGUUUGUUUCACCGAAGUGGAUGUGGCUCGUAAGUUGAAUACAGAAUCUGAUAUAAAAAAAAAAAAUAUAUAUAU